AUGGCCGGCCGUGCUGAACGCUGGGACCGCGACCGCUUUAUGCAAGAACGGGAGCGAGACCGCGGCUACCCGGAUGACCGUCGCUAUCCCGAUGAGCGAAGCCGAUUCGAAGAACGAAGCCGCUUCGAGGAACGGGAUGACUACCGCCCACCACCCCGCCGGGGCAGAGAUCACUCAGAUGAACGCUUCGACCGCGGUCCAUUUGAUCGCGGACACCGAGGGGGCUACGAAGAGGAUGUUGUGAGAGAACGCCGCUACGUAGAGGAAGAUCGUUAUGGUCCGCGUCGCGGAGAGCCUUUGGACCGGGAGUUUGACCGUCGCCUUUUCUUUGAAAAGGAGCAGCGCGAAUUCCGCGAGCCAUCUCCCCCACGCCGCCCGACCAUGCUUCGUCGCCAGUCUUCUCUCGACACCUUCGACCGCCGUCCCCUCCGCUUUUAUGAGCGUGAGGAAUACCCCCCACCAGCUCGCAGAGAGGAUGUUCGCCCUCGCGACGAUUACCGGGCGCCUCCAUACGUUCCCAUUCCUCUGCCCCGCACCCGCCAACUGGGCCCCGCACCAUCUCAACGGUACGACGAGAUCCAAAUCGCCGAGCCUGGCUACUAUGGCGACGAAGAGUUCCGCGGCAUGCCCGAGCGGGUAAAGGAGCGUGAGGUCGUUACUACUCGUCGACGCAGAGACCGGAGCCGAGAAUCUAGGGUGUCAAGGUCAACCAAAAAGAGUUCGCACCGAAGCAGCUCCAGGUCAAGCAGCACCUCAAGCAGGACGACCAGCAGCACCACCAAGAGCGCGACGACCGGUAACACCGUCAUCGUUCUCAAGGCUCUUGGUCAGGACAACAUCGAUGAACUUCUGAAGCUCAGCGAAGAGUACAAGCAGAGCGAAUUGGAGAUUGCCGCUGCUCGAUCAUCGGCUGGCAAGCAUGAAGAACAUCACGAGGAGAUCUAUACUAUCCCUCCACCGGUGGCUGCCCUUCCCCCGCCACCCCCGACAGUCGUCCUGGCUCCUCCUCCAUCAGCGCCUGCCUCAGUGGCGCCGCCUCCUGCGCCACCGACCGUUGUUUCGGCCCAUCCUCCUGCCCCUCCUUCAGUGCAUUACGAGGUACCUCCCCCACCACCUCCCGCUCCGGUCCAAGAGGUUAUCAAUAAGACUACUAUCAUCCGCGACGUCUCUCCUGCUCGCAGCUCCACCUCCUACACGACUUCUACAACGGCAACACCAGUCGUAUACGAGCGCCGAGAGUACAGCGAGGAAGUCCCCAUCGGACCCUUGGCAGUUGCAGAGCGUCGCCGUAGCCGUUCUCGGUCUCGCAAGAAUAUCAGGUCCGAGAUUAAGGCUCUCGAGGCCGAACUUCACGAUCGCAAGCAUGGAAGGAGCCGCGAGCUCGUCCGUGCUGAGCAGAUGCCCGAUGGUGCUGUGGUACUCUUCGAGGAGAAGGUCGAGAAGAUAGAGGAGCCGCGGCGCGGAGUGAGGAUCGAAAAGGACAAGAAAGGUCCUCCCCCUGGAAUCAUGCGCGCCAUGCUGGCAACUCUCACAUGA